CUAGGUGGUUGCAGUGUUUCGCUGUCUGUAGAUUGAGCGAUUUUUAAAACUUACUUAUAAUUAAGAAACUAGGAAGAAUAUUUGGACAAAACUAAUUUUAACUAUUUCUUUGGGUUCUAAACUUUCAUUCGAGCCCUCAAACGUUAAAAAAGCCUGUUUACGAGCUGAAAAAUGUCGAUUUUUUAAUUUUGCCAUCUUUGCCAACAAUAAUAAAUAUAUUUUAUCUUAUUUAACAAAAUGCCGAUGACAAUGAAAUGCUGUAAAAAAAUUAUCACGAGAAGAAACUAUUUCUAUUGUUACAUGUAGUUCUUGAAACAGUAUAACUUUAUCUUGAGAAGAUAUUUCAUUCAACUAUAAGUAUGGCAGACAUUUAGGUGGUUCCAGUUAGCUGGACCAUCCUGUUUAAACUUUCGUUUCAAAUAUUAUUAAAAAAAGUCAUAAUUUCUGUUUCUCCAUAUAAGGGAUAAGGAAUGUGUAAAAAAAGUUGAUCAUUGUUUUAGAAUUUUGUAUACGAAUCAAAUAAUUUUUUUUCUUGUAAAAAAUAAAAUGGCAUCCACGUUUAUGGUUGUAACUCGACAAAUUUCAACAUCAGCGUCAUGUCGUGGUAAACGAAAUUUUCGUAUGAUACAGCUAUUCAAUAAGCGAGGUAAUCGUCUAUAUAAAGAAGCACGAGCCAAGGAUCCAAACUGCGAUAUUCCUAUUGAUAGGAGAGGUGUAAAGAUAACGGGGAAAUGGGUAAACAAUCAUUGGGUUAACGUACCAGAAAUGAUACCGGAGCUUAUUGUUCCUUCCCUGGAAAAUUUUCAUUUAAAGCCAUAUGUCUCUUAUAGAGUUACAGAUGUUAGAAAACGUGAAUAUACUGCUAAAGAUUUAUUUAAUUUAGUGUAUGCUGAUAAAAUUAAGAAAGAUUUUAAAGAGGGUCAAUUAAGCCCAGAUGGUGAAUCAUUAAAUCCCAGUGAAUAUGAAGCAUUGACACCUGAAGAAGCUAGGAUUCGGGCUGAAAUGACUGGUACAGAUAUUUUCCAAAUGGAUGUAGAACGUCCAAAAAAGUCUUAAACAUUAUAACAAAUGUAAAUUAAGCAAAUUAGAAUAAACAUAAAUAAAAGAACUGUAGUUUUAUA